GUAUGUGGCAAGUCCUUCAGCAACGCGUCCGCGCUCACCAAGCAUCGGCUGACGCACAGCGACGAGCGGAAGUACGUCUGUGCCAUCUGCUGCAAGGCCUUCAAGCGCCAGGACCACCUCAACGGCCACAUGUUGACACACCGCAACAAGAAACCAUACGAGUGCAGUGCUGAGGGCUGCAACAAGUCCUACUGCGACGCCCGCUCGCUGCGCCGGCACGUGGAAAACAUUCACGGCCAGCCCGGGGGCGGCGGCGGCGGAGGGCGGGUACACACCGUCUCCGCUGUGACCGCCACCCCUGGCACGCCCGGAGGCGACGACCGCCAGGUCACCAGCAGCAGGGAGCAGGGGAGCGCUGAGAUAGAGCAGCUGCAGCUGAUUCAGCAGAUCAUGCUGGAGGCGCAGGCGCAGAGCCAGUCCAGUCAGUCUGCCACCAACAGCAAAACCAUCAAAAAGGUCGCCUCGGGAGAGCGCGAGGAGCGUGUCGACGGCAAGCAGCCCGUCCAGUGUAACAUCUGCAGCAGGAAGUUCAAAAAUCUACCGGCGCUGAACGGUCACAUGCGACUGCAUGGAGGCUAUCUGAAAAAGGAGAACGACAAACGAACGGAACGGAAGGAGUUGGGUGGUCCGUUGACCACCGUCAGCAACUCUGUUCGCGCCCUCAUCGAGGAGAAGAUCACCAAACGCCAGCAAACUGGGCAGGCGGGCUCCAUAGGCUCGGAGGAGGGUGGCGUCGCGCUGCUGACCACCGGCGGCCCGCCCCCUAUGACCCAGCUGGUGCCGGGACUUCAGGAGAACGUCCAGGACACCUCCAACCUCGCCCUGCCACAGGACCUGCAGGACCUGAAAAUCGCCACGCCGGACAAGCUGCGCCGGCACUCCGACUCGGACCAUUUCGUUAUGAAGAGGCCUCUGUCGCACUACAUGUCAGACAAAAGCCACAAGCGCCUGGCGCGUGCCGUCUCUGAGUCGGGCGACGCACUGCCGCAGCUGGCACUUGCGGACGUACUCGAGUCGUCGCUGCUGCAGGGGGAUUACCCGGCGCACGUGGACGAGACGCCCAGCGCCGGCGGCGACACCGGCUACAUGCCCCAGGACGAUGUGUUCGGUACUGUGGAGCUGGAGGAGUCCGGCUCGCUAAAUGACGUCGGCCAGGGUCUGCUCGAGUCGGCUGGAGGGUACGGUGCCAGUCCCGGUCUGCAGCAGUUUUCGGAGGUCUCCUCCUACAACCGACCUCUGCAGAGUCCAACUGUGAACCAGAGCAACCAGGAGGCGAUCGGGCCACCUGCGCCGCCUCCGCCGCCGCCCCCGCCGCCACCAUCGGCCAUGUACCCGUCCUACGGUGCGUACUCGCCGCUACCCUCGCCACAGGUGUUCCAGUACCCUCCGCACUCGCACGGCUCGCCGGCGGGAUCACCACUGGCCGCGCGACACUCACCAAUGUUGCAGUCACCCCUGGCUGCCGCGCAGAGCUCGCCACUACACAAGGAGCCUCAGAGCAAGUUUGCCUACAUCAUGUCCCGAUCUGGUGUGCUGGGUCACAUGCAGUCUCCUCUGGCGUCGCCGGCUUACCAGGGAGCGGGCUACCCAGCGGUGAGCACGGCUCAGCUAGACGGAGCGCCACAGAUGAGUCUCUCACCAGCGCAGUAUGUAUCUCACCACCAGCAGUCGCCAUCCCAACAGCAGCAGCAGCAACAGCAACAGCAGAGCUACCAGCCGCCAAUGGCCAGCCACGACUACAACCUUCACGGCUUCGACGGAAACCUGUCUGGGUAUGGCGGCACCUACCAUCCGGCUACCUCGCAGGACAGUGGCGCCUAUUCCGCAUCGUCCGCCGGCUACCAGCCCAGCUAUACGGUGCUCAUGAGCUCGCAGGCUUCGCAGAUCGGCGACGGCAAGACCACGCUGAACGGCCGGGCGGGUGGCGAGUAUUACGUCAGUGCAGGCGGGGGUGGAGGUGGUGACCCAGGAGGGUAUGGGGGAGAGUGGAGCGCGUCCGAGCGGCGGCAGGGGCAGUAUGAGACCCAGUACGGCGGCGAGUAUCGGCUCCAGGGCUACCGGGCACCAGGACAAGAGGACGGCGACGAGGACGUCUUCCUCAGCCCCGGAGUGCUCUCUGGCGGCCCUCUGCGGCAGCGGAAGCGGCGGCCGGCGCCUCUGUUCAUCCCGCCGCAGGUCCACAGCCAUCAAUACCAGUCGAGCCUGCGGUCUCCGGCGCUGUACGACCCGUCGGCGCCCUCGGCGAGGUCCACGCCGCCCUACACGGCGCCCCCAAUGUUGCCGCCCAGCCGGCCGGGCCCGGGCCUCUACUGGAACUUGCUGCCCGCCUCCGGGCCGGGACAGCCGCGCUCGGCACCCGCCCAGCCGCGCCACGCCGGAGCGCGACGAAACAGUCUAUCGGAGCAGCAGCAGAUGGACUUUUACAUGGAGCUGCCGCCGGAGACGGACGUCAUCGCGCACAUCAACGUCGGUCCCAAGUACCAGGCCACGGUGCCCGAGUAUGUGGGCGACACGCGCCCCGUCGGUCUCGACGUGCACCGCGCCGAGCUGGUCUGGCACCCGCGCACUCUGGAGAAAAUACCGCAGCGCGAACUUGACAUGUAUCUGGAGUUUGCGUGCUGCGCCUCGUCACCUGCCGGUGGCCGGAAUAAGGAGUACGCCCUCCACCUUCUCCAUAUGACCGGCGGGAACAUCAAGGACGCCAUGUACCGUCUGAUGCAGCCGACACCGCACCUGCCCAGCGAUCACCCACUACUGGCUCUGAGUGGCUCGGAGGCUGGCCGCUGGACCCAGCGCGAGAUCCAGACCUUCCAGCAGGCGCUGGCCAAGUACGACAAGGACUUCAUGCGCGUCUCCAAGGAGGUGCUAACCAAGUCGACCAGGGAGUGCGUCCAGUUUUACUUCCUCUGGAAACGGAUCUGCGUGGACGAGUACAAAAGGCUGCGCAGCUUGCGCAAACAGCGCGAGGAGCAGCUGCAGAUGCGCAUGCGCGCGGGCCCGGCGCCGGAGGAGCAGCCGCCUCAGGUCCAGCACCCGCCGCCGUCGCAGCACCCGCAGCACCCUCAGCAUCCGCAGCAGCACCCGCAGCAUCCGCAGCACCCGCAGCACCCGGUGCCAGCCGGGACAGUCGGCGCUGCACAGCCGUACGAAGGCUUCUGUCCGGACGUCAAGGCGAUGGCCUACCCUUGCGGCGACUACAGCGACGGCUGCUCCACACCGGGUUACGCACCGCGGGGUGUGCUGCCGGCGCACGCUAGGCUUCAGUCGAGGGUGAAGACCAGGUCUCCCACCCCGGACAAGCGUAACAGCGCGUCGGCGGCUUCCCCGGCCUCCAGCCAAGGCGAUGGCACCGAGGAGUUUCCCUGCAAACUCUGCGGAAAGGUGUUCUACAAGGUGAAGAGCCGCAACGCGCACAUGAAGUCGCACCGGCCGCCAGACGCCGAGUCGAAGCGGAAGGGGGCUCCGCAGCGGCACACACCCCCGUCGCCCCAGUCGCAGCGGCCGCCGCCGGGCCGCGCCAAGCUGACGGGCGCGCACCACCUGGGCGAGCUGCCCUGCCUGGAGCCGGCCAUGCUGUCUCUGCCCAACCAGGGCUACGUCAUCCCCAACAUGUGAUAGCGCGGCGCCGCUAGCUCCUCGUAGGCAGCCAAGCGCGCCUCCCGCCGCCCACUGCACUGUGCUGAUGUUGAAUGUGAUAGCCGGACCCGGUUUCUCUCGGAGCUUUAAGUGGGCCCGGCGGCGCGGUCUGCUCUCGACCUCGGGCAUUGCGUGCUGCGAACAGGCUGGGGUUAGGUCGAGAAGCUGUUGUUGUUCUCUUGAGAAUGUUUCGUGCGGUUUGAUGAAACGAAAAAGAGGGUGAUGCUUUUGCCGAGAAUUCACGGGCCGGUGGCCUGUAAAUGCUCGGCAAAGAAACGCCACUCUUCUGUCUUUGUCAACUCAGAAUGGAAUUUUACAAGAAUAUGGCGGCAGCUGCUGAAGCGACCUGCCUCCACCGUUCGUGGCUGGGUGCCUUUCGGUUGGCGUGGAUCCGAAGCUGUGGCUCCUCUUUGUUGAGCACCGGCCCGGGACCGGCAGUGGAAGCUCCCUCGGUGUCGCGCGCGCGCUGUCGCGGACAUGCUUGUUGGUUGGUGUGUGCGUGUGCGUGGGGUUGACGACGAAGUUGCCGCAGCACGUGUGUCCCACGUGUGCCAGUGCCCGCCGCACGUGUGCUCCUCCUCACCAGCGCCCCCUAAACAUGCUCAGCCCAGUCGGACGGCCGGCAGCGCGCCGCCGAGCCGAGCGCUGUCCGUCCCAGCCCAGUGUCCGCUAGCAGGGUGCACAACACGCGUCGAACACCCACCGUCCCCGGCAGCCGCCGCCGGGUCCACAGCAGCGGCCGAGACCGGCGCAGCCGCCUCCGAAUCGCCCGAGUCAAUCAAAAGUGGCGCCCGGCGCUCCGCGCUCGUUCCCAGACACGCUGCGCUCGACUGUUUCCAUGUUUUCGGCUGCAUGGCGUUCUGAUGUCGUGCUAAUUCCGGAUCAAGCUGUCGGUGUAUAAACUAGUGUAAGGGAUAGAAGCAACCGUAGGACCCGUGUGGCCAUAAUGAGUAGGGUUAAGCGACACAAGGUCGCCGAUAACGGCCGUAAGACGAAGGGACCCUGACCGAUUCCAAUCAUUCAUCUCUCUGUGCGCCCCGCGGCCCGCAGUCCUUGCCACAACACCUAUGCUGUGUAGUGUAUGGUCACUGUACUGUUGGAAUGCCCGCUCUGAGCCGGUCGCGCGCGGGCCGCCUAUAGCUGUUGCGUUAAAAAUCAAAAUGUUUCAGAAGCUUAUGAGGUGGCCCCGCAGAUAGAACAUGUCGGGGAUGCCAAUGUCAUUAUGUAUGUACAAAGGUCGUGCUCACACAUUCUAUUGCUCCCUUUUUAUACCAUAUACUUGGAGAGGUUCCGGGCUUUCAGGCGAGCGCGAAUGUUUGUAGAGACUCGCCGAGUGUCCCGCUCACGUUGCCCAGUCGGACCCCUCCUGCCCGCCUGCUGUCGGCCCGUCACAGGCCAACGCCAGAGUGCCUUCUGUAUUCCGUUGCAGUCCCAGUAUUAUUCCUUUGCUUCGACGUCACUGCCCUAUGUAGCCGACCGCCUGGAGCAUAAUGUCGGGUGUGCCGUGUCGCCGCCCGCGGUGCAGAUCUCAGAUCCGCCCCCGCCCCCGCCCCCGCCCCCGCCCCCGCCCGCGCUCUGUACCGUGUGCCGCGGCUCGACCGCACGUGUGCUGUGUAUUGUUAAGUGCGUUUUGUAAACUGGCAUUGACAGAGUAGCUGUUCCUCAAUGGUAGGUUUCCUUUUUAUAACUUUUGUAUUUUAAAUCAUGAUUAGAGGCUAUUUAUAAUACAUUUGUUUCGCUGGUGAAAAUCAUCUGUCUGUUGCUCCCUUCGCUUGCUAUACAUAUUUGGCAUAUAGGCACACUAUUUUAACGGAGGAGAUUUUGUAUUUGGUAGGGUAAGGUUUUUGAAAUCUUUACUAUAUCGCUGUUAAUCUUGUUGUGCCAACAUGUACCGUUAUGUUGUUUGUUUACAGAACUAAACUCCCGCCAUCUGAAUCUGGGCCUCGUUUUUGUGAUACUUGUGUCCACGGCCACUGGGGCUGGGCAGGGAGGGAGGUGUGCCAUGCCGUCCCCCCCCACUCCCCCCGGGCCGCCACCGACCUGGCUCCGUCUCAGCCUCUAGUUCAAUGUGUGAGUCAAUGUGAGAUGAAAGUCGGUACAAUAAAAUCACGUCCGAUGACGA